GCCCUCUACAAGUUCACGCGUCCCCACACAAUUCGCGGCACCAUCUUAGCUUCAAUUGCCGGGACGACUCGUGCUCUGAUAGAUACGCCGGGCGCGAUUGCUAAUGCCAACUGGAGUAUCAUGCUGCCACGAGCCCUGAUCGGCAUGACUGCCUUAUUGCUCGGCAACGCCUUUAUUGUCGGCAUCAAUCAGAUUUACGACGAAUCCAUUGACAAGCUCAAUAAGCCGUUCUUGCCGGUGGCUAGCGGAGAAAUGUCGAAGCGAUUUGCUUGGGUCGCGGUUGUCGUGUCCGGCUUGGUUGGACCGUCGUUGGUUUAUCAAUUCUUUCCGCGUCUUCUCUUCAAGUUAUAUAGUAUGGGAAUUGUUCUCGGCGGCAUCUACUCUGUGCCUCCCAUUCGGACGAAGAAGAAUCCCGUGCUGGCUGGGCUCACAAUUGCUACCGUCCGAGGCUUUCUGCUCAAUUUUGGCGUCUACUAUGCCGUCAAGGACGCCAUCAACGCGCCAUUUGUUUGGUCACCUAAGGUGGCCUUUAUUGCACGGUUCAUGACGGCUUUCGCGACCGUGAUUGCCGUCACCAAGGAUCUUCCCGAUAUUGAAGGAGACAAGGCUUUCCAGAUAGAUACUUUUGCUACCAAGGUAGGUGUCGCGCGCAUCGCGAAAGGUGCAUCCGUCUGUCUGCUGCUAAAUUAUGUGCACGCCGUUGCA